AUGCUUCUCUCAACACCUACCAUUCUUGGGUUAUGCUGGCUGGCGGGAGCUGGACUCACAUCCGCAGUGCCACAAGUCUUAUCUCUCGAAGACCAUCCCAGAGACCAACAUGUACUGCUGUCUUCCGACAAAGGCAUGCCUCCCGAAUCCCUUACAAAUACCCACUCGCUAUGGAGCGACCGUCGACAGUCCCAACAGCCGCCUGGUUUUGUUGCGUUCGGUGACUCCUAUAGUGCCGGUAUCGGCACCGGCGUUGAUGGCGUCGAGGACGAAUGCAGGCUGGGAUCCCACGCAUACCCAGUCUUGAUCUUCACCGACCUGGCUGAAAGCCAAGCCCCAGGAACAGCAACCUUUCAGUUCCUGUCAUGUACCGGGUCGACCACCAGCAAUGUUCUAUCAGGUGGCGAUCACAGCCAGGUUGACAAGUUCAACAAGUCGAUCAAUGCUGACUUUGCGGUACUUUCAAUCGGAGGCAACGACCUUGGCUUUUUCUCCGUGAUGAAUGCUUGCAUAUUCCGCUUUUACAGCUUCAACUCUGGCAGUUGCGAGACAGCACUGCAGUUCGUAACCGAUCAGAUCGAGAGUUCGGAUUUUGCACAGCGGCUAGAGAUGGUCAUCAUGGAGAUACUGGACACAGUGCAGUGGGAGAAGCGGCCGUGGUUCAUCAUUACCGUGACCGGCUAUGCUCGGUUCUUCAGCGUGGAAACUGAUGAGUGCGACAAUUGUACCCUCGGUGUCUGGUGGCAGGGACCAAAGCUCAAGAGGGAUGUACGCCAGAGGAUGAACGACAUGGUCGUGGCAGUCAACGAGAAACUGAGGAGUUCUAUCGAUGCCGUCAAUUCGAGGUUUACGACUCCAAAGGUUCUGUUCGUCGAUUAUGACGCCAAGUUCGAAGGCCAUCGUUUCUGCGAACCAGGCGUUAUGGAACCAGCGUACAACAGGACAGAGACUUGGUUCUUUCUCGUCGGAGGUAAAGACAACAACCCAAAUAUAACGGAUCCGACGCCGGCCCCGAAUGCUACAACAGUGGGCAUCGAGUAUGGUGCGAGUAGCAAGACCUUGUCUCCGUUGUCACCGCUCGCGGACCCGGAGACGUGCCUGGGCCCGGCUGAAAGAUCAGGAGAUUGGGGCCUGCUGGCUCUUUGUUACAUGGCGAGGGCUAAACGCGACUAUCCAUCGCUGGAAUUUACCGCGGAGGAUGUCAUGACUCAGAAUUCCAUGUGGUAUGUCCCAACGUAUUAUGGGAAAACCUUCCACCCAAGGAGCCUCGGUCACGAGGUGAUUAGAGAUGAAAUCUACAGGUCCUGGUCGCAAUUAGAUACAGUGAGAUAG